AUGAAUAAAAUAUACUACAUACUAUUUUUAAGCGCUCAGUGCCUAGUGCACAUGGGUAAGUGCGAACGAAACCAGAAGACCACCAGAUUGACCCGCAGUGCUAACAACGCUUCAUUGGAAAAGGGGCCUAUCAUUGAGAGAAGUAUACGAAUGAGUAACCCAUGGAAAGCCUUCAUGGAAAAGUAUGAUUUAGAAAGAGCACACAAUUCCGGGAUUAGAAUUGAUUUAGGGGAAGAUGCAGAAGUGGGAAAUUCCAAGUAUAGAAUACCAGCUGGAAAAUGUCCAGUUUUUGGAAAGGGUAUCGUUAUAGAAAAUUCUAACGUUAGCUUCUUAACACCCGUAGCUACAGGAGCUCAGAGGUUGAAGGAAGGAGGUUUCGCCUUCCCCAAUGCAGAUGACCACAUUUCCCCUAUAACAAUAGCAAACCUUAAAGAGAGGUAUAAAGAAAAUGCAGAUUUGAUGAAAUUAAAUGAUAUAGCCUUGUGUAAAACGCAUGCAGCCAGCUUUGUCAUUGCAGAGGAUCAAAAUACAUCUUACAGACAUCCAGCUGUUUAUGACGAAAAGAAUAAAACAUGUUACAUGUUGUAUUUGUCAGCGCAAGAAAAUAUGGGUCCACGAUACUGUAGCCCAGAUUCACAAAAUAAAGACGCCAUGUUUUGCUUCAAGCCAGAUAAAAAUGAAAAAUUUGACAACCUGGUGUAUUUAAGCAAAAACGUAAGUAAUGAUUGGGAAAACAAGUGCCCGCGUAAAAAUUUAGGAAACGCAAAAUUUGGAUUAUGGGUGGAUGGGAACUGUGAAGAAAUACCAUACGUUAAUGAAGUGGAGGCAAGGAGCCUACGGGAAUGCAACCGAAUCGUUUUCGAAGCUAGCGCUUCAGAUCAACCACGUCAGUACGAAGAAGAACUGACAGAUUAUGAAAAAAUACAAGAGGGAUUUAGACAAAAUAAUCGGGACAUGAUUAAAAGUGCCUUUCUUCCAGUGGGUGCAUUUAACUCAGACAAUUUUAAGAGUAAAGGAAGAGGAUAUAACUGGGCAAAUUUCGAUUCUGUAAAUAAUAAGUGUUACAUUUUUAAUACCAAACCUACGUGUCUCAUUAAUGACAAAAAUUUUUUUGCAACAACAGCGUUAUCUCACCCUCAAGAAGUAGACAAUGAAUUUCCAUGCAGCAUAUACAAAGAUGAAAUUGAAAGAGAAAUUAAGAAACAGUCGAGAAAUAUGAAUCUGUACAGUGUUGAUAAGGAACGGAUUGUCUUGCCAAGGAUAUUUAUCUCCACCGAUAAGGAGAGUAUCAAAUGUCCAUGUGAGCCUGAACACAUUUCCAAUAGUACCUGCAACUUUUACGUUUGUAACUGUGUAGAGAAGAGAGCAGAAAUUAAGGAAAAUAACGAAGUUAUCAUAAAGGAAGAAUUUAAGGAGGAUUAUGAAAAUCCGGACGGCAAACAUAAGAAGAAGAUGCUACUAAUUAUUAUCGGAGUAACUGGAGCUGUUUGUGUCGUCGCAGUAGCCUCCUUGUUUUACUUCAGGAAGAAGGCUCAAGAUGAUAAGUAUGAUAAGAUGGAUCAGGCAGAAGCGUACGGAAAAACCGCCAAUACUAGGAAGGAUGAGAUGCUCGACCCCGAGGCGUCCUUCUGGGGAGAGGACAAGCGAGCCUCCCACACCACGCCUGUUCUGAUGGAGAAGCCUUACUACUGA